GUCGUUUUUAACAACAGAGGAGUGGCAGGGGAGAAUCUUUUGACGCCAAGGACUUAUUGUUGUGCUAACACUGAAGAUUUGGAAACAGUUGUUCACCACGUACACAGCCUGUACCCUUCUGCUUCUUUUCUGGCAGCAGGGGUUUCAAUGGGAGGAAUGUUGCUUUUAAAUUACCUGGGAAAAAUUGGGUCAAAAACACCUUUGAUGGCAGCUGCAACUUUUUCAGUUGGUUGGAAUACCUUUGCUUGCUCAGAGUCAUUGGAGAAGCCCCUAAACUGGCUGCUUUUUAAUUACUAUUUGACAACCUGCCUCCAGUCUUCAGUGAAUAAGCAUCGGCAUAUGUUUGUAAAACAAAUCGAUAUGGAUCAUGUCAUGAAGGCUAAAUCCAUCAGAGAGUUUGAUAAGCGAUUCACUGCAGUCAUGUUUGGAUACCGAACAAUUGAUGAUUAUUAUACUGAUGCCAGUCCAAACCGUAGACUCAAGUCAGUAGGAAUUCCUGUGUUGUGUCUGAAUUCUGUGGAUGAUGUUUUCUCACCCAGUCAUGCUAUUCCAAUAGAAACUGCUAAACAAAACCCUAAUGUGGCUUUGGUCCUUACUUCUUACGGAGGCCAUAUUGGUUUUCUGGAAGGAAUCUGGCCAAGGCAGUCCACUUACAUGGAUCGUGUCUUCAAGCAAUUUGUGCAGGCUGCAGUUGAGCAUGGACAUGAAAUCUCUAACAUGUAGUCGGUUCUCCGGGUGCAUUUUGUCUGAAUCACCAUUAUAAAGGCAGCUCAGCUUAGUGCACAAAUUUUAACUACUGUCUAUAAAACAAAUAAGCCAGCAGGUGGGUGAAGAGGUCCAGAAUGACAUGCAAAAACUACUCUUUGGGGAAACAAGCUAACUUUGUAACAAGAAAUUAAAUAUAGUAUUAGAUUAUUAAUGUAGAUUUUAUUUUUACUAUGCCUUACCAAGUAUGACCUUAAAUAAAGUAGUAUAAAUGGAAUUGCACUUAACCGAAACUAUGAAGUAAAAAGAUUUUAAUUCCUCAGGGUUUUAAUUUAGGCUAGUAUUUUUUAGAUUACUCAUUUUAGGUGAUUUAAUUGUUCUUUAAUAACUGUUAAGAGAUUUUGGUUAUUAGAAUGUAAGUUAUGAGUUGGCACAUUCCUAAGGGUAUUUAUACCUUGAUGAUAAAUCAUGAUAACAUGAAAACUGAAAUAAAUGCACUAAGUUUUUUAUGUAUUCUAACUUUAAAAGGCAAGUGCAACAAUGUCUGAGUUCAAUACAUGCCCUUUUACUCUGAUAAAAUUAAAUUAGUGCUGAUCUAUGUUUUAUAAUGAUUAUAAUUCACAUGCUUAUUUUUAAAAUAGUAUAUGUGCAUAUAUAUAUCAUUAUAUUAAAAUAAAUUCUACCAUUUUAAAUUG